AGUUAACAGGCAUUGUUUUUGUGUGUCAUUAUUGCAGAGGGAAUAUUGAGGAAAAUAAAAUAGUUGCAAAAAUUUACGUAUUUAUUGAGACCAAUACAUCCCUAUCAACAGACGACAGCAAUGAGCGAUGUACAAACACUGAUGGACAUGGGUUUUCCCAAAGAUAGAGUUGAAUAUGCCUUGAAGGUAACUAAUCAUAAGGGCGUCGAGAUGGCCAUGGAAUGGCUGUUGGCCCACGUUGAUGAAGAGAUACCAGGUGCAGUGAGUGCCACCGCUGCACCAGCAGCAGCAUCCACUGCCACUGCAACCGAAGACUCGGCGCCGAGUAGCAGCGGCGCCAGCGAAGAUCCCAUUGCCAAAUCGUUGAAAUGUGACGAUUGCGGCAAGGUGCUCAAAGAUCAGACAGAGGUGGAAUACCAUGCCGCAAAGACGGGUCACGCUAACUUCUCCGAGUCCACCGAAGAGAAAAAGGCCCUCACCGAGGAGGAGAAGAAGGCCCAACUAGCUCUCAUCGAGGAGAAGCUCAAACAGAAGCGCGUUGAGCGCGAGGAACGUGAGAAGAGUGAGGCUCUGGAGCGUGAACGCAAUCGCAUACGCUCCGGCAAGGACAUGACAGAGGCACGCCGCCGCAUGGAGGAGGUUGAAAUGAAAAAGAUCGUCGAUCAGCGCAAGCGCGAAAAGGAGGAGGAGAAAGCUGCACGCGAUCGAGUUCGCGCCCAAAUCGAGGCUGACAAGGCGGCUCGGAAAGCCAGGGAAUUGAAGAACAGUCCCGCUGCUGCGUUGUCGGAUGCUGUGCCCUCGGUCAGUUCGACUACGACGGCCACAUCGCCGACGGGUGUGAAGUCACCGCCUCGGGAUUACACCGAGACACGCAUCCAGGUGCGACUGCAGGAUGGCUCUACGCUCUCCUCCGAGUUCAAUGUGAAGGAGCCGCUGUCUGCUGUGCGCGUCUUCAUCCAGGUUAAGACUGGCAUUGAGACACCCUUUGCCCUGAUGACCACAUUUCCGCGCAAGAUCUUUGCCGAUGAUGACUAUGAGAAGCCGCUGGAAGCACUGGGCCUGGUGCCCUCCGCUGUCGUCAUUAUGACCAAGUCGACUGCGUAAAUCGAAUCCCACACAAAUAAACAACAAGAAACACAAAACCAACAGCAGCAGCAGCAGCAACUACAACUAAUAAACAUUUAUAAACGAUAUUAUAUUCGUAAAAAGUAUGGCGCGAUAUUUCCAGUCGCCCUCUCGACUACGGGCGUUAAGUGUACGAUUUUAAAUAAAAGCUUAAAUUAAAGUUUUACAAUUUA